AUGUACGCCCUUGCCGUACCACAACUCCACACGGAGCCUACGACGGUCUUCUACAACCCCCUGGCCACUGCUAUGAACGGGGCGGCCCCGUAUCUCGGCCACGGUACCCCUGCCAUGGGCCUCGGCUUUGGCCCCACCACCUCUACCAUCGGCCUGGGCUUCGGUCAGGGAACCCCGGCCAUCGGCCUGGGGGCCGGACACGGCGCGGUCGCGAAGGAGGUGGUCUGCCUCCCGCCGACGAUGGGGCUCGUUGACGGGCCCCUGCACGUUAUCCUGCCUGUUUACGGCCCCCGCAUGCCGGAGUCUGUGGCACCGCCGCCUGCAAAUCCGAUGCUCGCGAUGCCGCUCAUGCCGCCGCCAAUGACGGGACUGGAGAAGCGUCUGAACGGGCUGAACUACAUCCCGGGUGGGCUCUACGAGGGCUAUGUGAAGCGCUAUAACCCCGUGCGCGGGUUCGGCUUCCUGACGGCGACACAUCAGAUUUUUCCAGCCCCGGAUACCCUACCCAACGCGAGCACGACAACCGCAAAGGAUUUUGAGAGGUCGGCAACCGAUGCACCGGAUGGAAACGGGAUUUCCCCCGACAGCAGCCCUGAGAUUAGCUUUACGCCAUACGAGGCGGACCCUGGCGCGGCUGUGGAUGCCCGACCGGCCGACAUACUCCCCACACCACGCAUUGACGGUGACGUCUUCCUACAACUUGAACCUAUGGCUCAGUCUUACUUCGAGGGGAUGCUCCCAGACGCAUCUUUGACUUCGUUUGCCUCUGCUAUGUCAGCUACUUCCACCGCCAUGAAAUCGGGGAGGUCGUAUACGCGUGUACCGACCGCCCCUGGCGAUAUUUUCGUACACCAGAGCUACGUCCGUAUGCAUGGCUUUCGUACCCUGCCAGUGGGUGGUCGAGUCCGCUUUCAAGUUAGCUUUAUGAAGGGACACUGUUCAUUUCAGGCAGUAAGCGUGGAGCUACUCCCGCAGGUAGUGCCUUCAAGUGUGGAUUUUAUGAAUACUUCCACUACUGAAAAUCCGGACAGCAAAAAAGACUUUUCAGCGAAUUGGGUAGAUGAGUUGAAGUGA